UAUUGGGAAGAGAAAUUUUUUAAAUCCAGUUAAAUGAUUUGAGUUCAUUUAACUUUAAUUACUAUUAAGUAAUCAUAUUUUUCUGUUACGGGUCUUUGACAUUGUCCAAUUUAAUAUUGAUUUAAAUGAUUAACAAUUAACCCCCAGGCGAUGGGAUUGCGCUCAUUGACCUUUGGUCAAAUUAGUAGAUACAAUUAAAGUAAACGAUGCUAUUGAACACUAAUUAAGAUUUAACAACAAUUAGAUUUGGUUUUUUAUUUUCCUCGAUCAUUAUUAUCCAAAUGGUUAAUAAUCAAACAAUCCCAAUCUUUUUUAAAUUGUGAUUUCCGAAUCAAUUAAAUCAACUGGUUUUGUCUUUCGAAUCAAACUUGAAUCGAUUUGAACUGUUCUAACUAAUCAACGAAUCAAUUACUAUGUAAAUCUGUGACAAUUAAAGGAUAAUCAUGAGAUUAAAUCAACUAACCAAUUGGUUUAUUUUUCCAUCAAUUUUGUCAUUAAUUGUGGCACCAUUCAAGACUGUUAAUUGUUACCAAUCAGAUCCACCCAUUGAUGAGUUUGAUUGUUCAAUUUCAUCUGAUUGUAUUUCAUGUGAAGGCAAUUAUUUGUCCAACGGAUGCAAUUGGAUUGAUGAUUCGUGUGUCCAGUCAAAUCGCACUGAAUCAAUGAUUAACUCUUGCUUUCAAAUUGAAUCAUUUUCCCCUUUGGUGGCUCUCACUGAUUCAACGAUUCAUUUAAAGAUUCUUGUUUCCGGGAUAACAUUGAAUCCAUUUAGACACCAGGUAAUGGUAAGAUUGUCGCCUGGGGGCGAUUGUACAUUUGAAUAUAUGUUGGAAAGGGAAAUUAGUUGUCAACCUCUAAGUCCAAGGGUUGGCUCAUAUUUUAUAACGAUUACAUUGAGUGACAAUCGUUAUCCAAAUCAACUGUUGGCCCAAUCAAAUACAAUUUUCGUAAUUAGUGAAUCUCCAACAACAAUAUUACCUUCAACUAAUUUUGUUAAUCGAAUUGAAAUUAAUCUAUUUUACAUAGUUAGCGGGAUUCUCGUGUUAACUUUAUUCCUCCUCAUGGUUGCCGCUGUUCGAGGUCAAACUGGUUCAUCGAGAUCAUUUCAAAAAUUUCGCCGUGAUGGUUUCAAUUCGGGGUAUCGAUCAUCAUCUACAACCUCAUUCACUUCUCAUAAGGAUUUCGAUCAACCCAAUCACGUUAAUCGACCUCAUGUACCUUUAGCUCAUCGAGUCCAACGAAAUCCUUAUUUCCCCAAAUCAAGUACCAAUCAAAGUUUCGGCCCGUCUACUGUUCAGUUCACUGGUUAUAGUACAACGACCAGCGCUAAUCCCAUCAUCAUGAGUGAAAUUAAAUCCGUGAAUACAACUAAUCCUACCAAAUUAUUUUUCGAUGCCAAUCUCAAGCGAUUAAAUGACCAGGUAAAGUCAAAACAAGUGACCACUCCGUCUACCGCGACGGGUACUAAUGUUGAACCGAGUGGAAUAAGUAAUUACUUUGAAAUUAAACCUCAAACCAAUAGGAUUUCAAAAGCUGCACCAAGUAAUUUCAAACGAUCUUAAUUACUUGUAUAAUAAUCAUCAUAAUUUGAUUAGUUUUCCUGAAACAUUUCAACUGAUCAAAUUAGAUCCUAAUAUAUAUGUUGAUAAUGAUUAUUCAGAUGAGAUGAUUUUACUAAUGAAAUUGUAUUAUUUACAAUAACAACAAAAAUUGAUUGAUUAAAAAUCCUUUUCAAAUUGAAUUACUUUCUGAUUACCAACAAUUAUCUAAUGAUGAUGAUUAUUUCAUUAUUGAUUAACUGGAAACACUUUCAGAUGCUUAGAUGAUUUAAUGAUGAUUAACAAUGAAUCAAGAGUCAGUGGAAGAUAUAAAGUCGUUCAAGUUCAAUAUGAACAAUUUAAAGAGACAC